AUGCACCCUGCCUUUUCAGUCUUUGUAGCUUGUAAUGUUUGCGUGUGGGUGGCCCACGCUUCUCCAUUGCGAUGCUCCUCUCACUUCUUGACCACUAUUCUGAGUAAGAGAACUUCUUGGGGAAAAACAAAAAUUGAAAGCAAAAAAAAAAAAAAACAGAAGGGGCACAGCGGUAUGAGCGUACAUGAAAUGGAGGAUCUGUUGCUUGGGAAAAAAGUGGUGCGGCUCCCACGGCAGUAUGACGCGUCCAGCUUUUUGCAGAUGUGUUCACUCAAUGAACAGUACCGAAUUCUUGCGAGCAUAUGCCGUAUUGAGAGUCGUAAUCUUUCGCGGCCAGGCGAUGACUGCAGUACACAAAACGGCGGACUUUUCGCGAAUGCCGCAGAGUCAUCCGAACACCACCACGGUGGCAUGCCCGAAAUUUAUUACUCUGCCCGUCUCUUGGCCUUUAUGAGUGACUGUGGGCCAGAAGCAGGAGUGUUGAAUAUACUCAGGAAGGAGCACACCCGUAAGCAGCAACAAGGGGAGAAGGAAGAAGAAGAGAAAAAUAGGUUGUCACGGGAACUUCAAGAGCAGGAGGGGAAGGCGGUGGCAGAGGGUGGAGGAUGUGAAGGGGGAGAACAAGAAGGAAAAGAAGCGUCCAAUUGGGAAGUUUGGUACGACGAAGAGGGUGGUUACUACUAUGACAGCUACGGCUACUACGAUGCAGACGGGUAUUACUAUUACUUUGAAACAGCGGACGCUGGAGACCAGGGAGAAGAGGAGUUGGGACAAAAAGAGGAGGAACAAAAUGAAGAAGCAACUGCGGGAGAAAAUGAAGGAAACAAAAAAGCCAUGCCGCAUAACUCACAAAGUGAUGAGGAAUUGCAUGGCGUGGCGGAAUUGCAUAACACGAAGAACGAUGGCAUGGAGGAAAAUUCGGUACGUUAUUCUCGUGUGGUGCCAGAUGAAACUCAAUUAGCCUUCUCGCCCUUUCUUCGUGGCGUUUGCGCUCUGAACCGUGCUGUCAAAUUGAUAGAGCAAUCCAUCGCUCCUGUGGACGUUUAUAUGAAAGAAAAUGAUGUGCUCCCCGCAUUUCCAGUCUUGGUUGUCUCCGACUCAGAAGUCGUUGGGGGAAGAGGUGUUGAUGUGCGUCCCGAAUGUAUUCACGUUCUCGCCAGUAGCCAACACCUACACAUUGUGUAUGUACCGACCUCCCUUUCUAAUGGACAGGAAAAGCAGCUAGGGGGUGAACAGGAGGAGAAAAUGGAUGGCUUGGCACCAUUGCGUGAUCUCACAACGCCAGGUGGUGUGCUAAUGUCUAUUCCCCUAAAUGACUGGGGUGGUAACUGCACCACCCACUGCGGAAGCUUAGGAAAUGGCCGCGUGUUUUUUGAAAUUCAUAUGGCAAUGGAAAAUAAUAAUGGAGUGACGCUAUCAAUGGUUUUUGGUAUUCCUCCUGAUGCGUCAUUUUGGUCUGCACCGCUGGCAUCCCGCCUUGUGGAAGGCUACGAGCAGCGUGUGUUGCACCACCUGGCAAAAAGUGGAUGCGUAUUGGACGAAUUACUCCUUGAGGAAUUGGGGAACGCAAGUAUUGGUUUCUGCUGCGCAUUGGAUAUAUCGCGGCCACUCUUCAGUUAUUCCGCCCUGCUUCUGAGUGAGGAUGCUGACAGCACCCAUAGUAAUAAUGACGGUAACAACACGUUGCACGAGCUUGUGUACGAUGAAGCAAGCAACUCGAUAUUGUUUGGUAAGGAGCGCGAGGAGGUUGAGCAAAAGGAACAGAGAUUGGAGUUUCUUUACCUUGCCCGAGAUAUGGAGCUACCCCAGCGGCGUUUUUUGCGUGAGGCACUCAGCAAGGUGCAGCAGGACGAGUGUAAAAAUCGUGAUAAAUUGAUGGCCGAAGCAUGGAAGCCCUAUCAGACAAGCCAACAACUCUCCUUUCACACCACGGCCUUUGAGAUACUGCCGCUUCUGCGGAUGCAGGAGGCUUCUGUUAAGAAACUUAUUGAAACCGAACAAAGUCAGUGGGAGGGUAUUAUUCAACGUUUUUCGAAGCGUCAUCAAUGGCUUUUUGCCGAGGAAACACGGCGCCGACUGGAACAGCAGUUUGCAUUUGAGCGAAGAAUACGAUUGCUACAGUGCUCCGUCGAUCUUGACGUUCUCAUAGAACGAGAAACGGCAAUGCGUGCGAUGGCAGAGCGCGAUGAGGUGCUGGAGCGGCACAGUGGUGAACUCAUGGAGUGCUGGAUCGAUUUGUUGACACGCCGGCGCGCAGAAGAAAUUUGCCGGACGACACCUGUGAAGGAGGACGAAGGCCUGAUAUCUGCCGCCAGAAACGCGGAGGAGACGGAUGAGGAAAUGGAAGGACGUCUCGGGCGAACGGCGAGCCGCUCGCGCGAAUCGCAGCAGCAGCUACGUGCCUCAACCCACUCCGUCCAGUCACCGACAACUGAAGAAUUCAUGCGGAUGGUUUCGGUUGGCCACCGCGGCACCCUUGCUCCGUGUCGCACACAGCCUUUGCGGCAAUUUUGUCUCCCCCCGGCAUAA